CCUCGGCGUCGUUAAAACGCGCCCGGACUUCAGUGCGCGAGCUCGUGGACUAUUCCCUUUAUCGAGGACGACCGCGCGCCGAGCCGUUUCGACAGCACCCGGCGGCUUGUUACGAGCGUCCUUUGCGCGCCCCUCGCCGACGUCGUUGUGGCCCGUCGCUGCAUGUGGUUGAGCCGGCCCGUUCAGCCCGGCAUCGUCCCCAUCGGCCUGGCCGAAGCACGGCAAGCAGAGCUGGGCGGCGGGCGUGUGGAUGCGGCGCCCUUCCCGCUGUGGCGGCGCGCUCGACCCCGCCGACGACCGAAGAGGUAGCUGCCCGGAGCAGCAGCUGCUGACCCGGGAGUGGAACCUUGAGGUCACCGAGUCUCGGCUCCUUCCUGGACACCUCCCCGGGCAGCCAUCUCUUCUCGAGUAAUCGCGUCACCGAACUGGGCAGACAGAGCUGCUCGAAUACUUUAUUUCAAGCCGUGAGCCCGGUGACGCUGGCCCCGUGGACAACAGCAGCUGGUCCGGUCGGGCAACUGGGCGUCCGAUGCCAGCGGCUCACCUGGCGCUAUCAUCCCGCUGAGCUGCGCGCGGAGACGAAGACGAAGAAGAGCACGGCCGAUCCACAAGGGGGAGCCCGCAGUGGCGCUGAGCGGCAGCCAUGCCGGCUGCCGACCGCGGCAGCCAGCGCGCCAGCAUCACCACCGUGCCGGGCAAGGGCUUCUGGACGCGGCCACGAGUCAUCAAGGCUGACGAGAUCACACGGAAGGCGGCCGACGAGAUGCUCUCCCUGGCAGCGAGCCACUGCCGCGUGGGCUUCGUGGACAGGCCCAGCUUGCGGCCGAGCAAGGAGAACGACAACGGCGUGGCCAUCAUCGAGCUUCCCCCGGCGGUGAUGUCCGCGCACGGCGACCUUCCGGCGGCCGGGGACGUCGCGCUGCCGGGCAGCGGCGGCUCCAGCGAGCGACUCGACGUCAAGGGCGAGGAAGAGCCCGAGAAGAGCGAAAGCCUGUGCGUCACGUGUGCCCAGGUCUUCCUGCCUUUCCUCCUGGCUGGCAUGGGCUCCGUGGCGGCCAGCCUUCUGCUAGACCACGUCAAGGGCUGGCCAGUGUACGCGGCGUACCGGGAGCUGUUCGUACUGAUCCCCCCUCUGCUGGGCCUCAACGGAAACCUCGAGAUGACUCUGGUGGCACGAAUGAGCACACAAGUUAACCUGGACCGGCUCAAUACGAUAAAAAGCCAGCUUCGACAAGCAGCUGCCAACAUGGCUCUCUUACAGUGCCAGUCGACGGUGGUGGCGCUGGUGGCGUGCGGGCUGGCCCUGGCCAAAGGCUUGGCGCGCCACGGUAGCGGCAUCACUCCGCUCUACGCUUGCAUGCUUUGCGCCUGCGGACUGGCCGCUGCCAACGUGGCCAGCAUGGUACUUGGUGCGUUCAUGACGACCGUGGUGCUGGUGGCGCGGCGGUGCGGCCUGAACCCGGACAACGUGGCGGCGCCCAUCGCCGCCUCGCUGGGCGACCUGACGACGCUCACGUUGCUGUCCACCAUCAGCUCGAGGCUGCUCAUCUGGAAAGACUCCCCGCUAAUGACUCCGGGCGUGGUGGUGCUCAGCCUCCUGCUGCUGCCUCUGUGGUUCUUCUUGGCCUUCAAACACGAAAACACGCGCUCCGUGCUCAAGGUCGGAUGGCCUCCAAUACUGGCCGCCGUGAUGGUAUCCAGCUUCGGCGGCUACAUCCUGGAUUUUUCUGUGGUCCGUUUCGAGGGCAUCGCCCUUCACCUCUCCGCCGUAAACGCCGUGGGCGGUAACCUGGCGGCCAUCUACUGCUGCCGACUGUCGACGUUCCUGAGCCGGCGCGUAGAGCUGGGCGUGCUGCCGCCCGAGGACGCGUCCCGGUGUGCCAACCCGCUGGUGCUGUUCGCCGGUGCCUCCGAGGUGGGCCGCGUGGCUCGCAUCCUGCUGCUGGUCGUCAUACCGGGCCAGCUCAUCUUCCUCACCGCCACCGACCUGCUGCGAUACGGCUCGUUCAACGUGACACCCCUGUUCGGAUUUCUCUACGUACUCGUCGCACUCGUGCAGGUGGCCAUCCUGUUGUUCCUGUCCCGCUCGCUAGUCUACUGGCUGUGGUGGUGGCGCGUGGACCCGGACAACGCGGCCAUCCCCUUCAUCACUGCCGCUGGAGACUUCACCGGCACGGGGUUGCUGACCGUCGCCUUCUUCGCUCUGGAGUCCGUCGGGGACCCCGCCGUCGCCGGCUGACAGCCCGCUGGUCGGGCUGGCUGGCACCACACACCGCUUGUACUCGGCACCCGAGACCGGCUUGGCCGAUGCGAGGGACUCAUGACUGUACACGGCCACAGAAGAAGACGCUCACCGAUCUCCCUCCCGUCCUCACAUAUGAGACAACGAACUGUUGCUAUCGCAACGAACAACCCUGCCCCGUAGAGGGUCCUCCCUUCUACCGCACGGGGUCCACCCAAGGCACCGAGAGAAGCUAGUCGACGCAGCUUGCCCGCCAGGUCGUAACCUGUCCACGACACGCCGGCCUUGGGAUGGGAACGCAAGGUCACCCCGCGGAAGCAGGAGCUGGGCGUCUCCGGUUUUCAGUUCCUUUUCUUGACGAGUCCGAACAGCGCAAUAAAGAAGUGUCCACAACAGUCAA